GCACAUAACCUGUUCGCAAGUGCGUGACGCCUCGGUUAUAGACCGAAUAUUUUUUGCUUUGGCCUAAGCAGGAGGAAAUCUACCAGUGUUCGGUGUGAUGACCGACUAAAGUCGAACGCUAGAACAGCCCCUGUAUCUGUAGGAUUCUUAACUUUGACCAGUCGGGAUUAAAUCUCUUCCAUCAGCAGAUCAGAACUACUGUCGACUCGCGAGCUGUCGAACAUUGAAUCGCCAAAAGAGAUAGUAUACAUAAGACGAGAUCGCGGACAUCCUACUGUGGAAGGUAAAGACUCGCUGAGAAGUAGCAGGACAAAUCUUGACAUUUGUAAGGGCGAGCACACAAUGGCCACAAGUUCUGGGGCACCCCCGGCCGGACCCUCUCGUCCUCGCGUCCCCACCCCAGCCAAAGAUACCAAACCUAAACCCACCAAAAACAACAGUACCAGCGCUCGCAGACUACAGAGAGAAUUAGCUGAAUUAACUUUAGACCCCCCUCCAAAUGUGAGUGCUGGACCAAAAGGGGAUAACCUUUACGAGUGGGUAUCCACUAUUCUAGGACCAAAGGGAACCGUGUACGAAGGGGGCGUGUUUUUCCUGGAUAUUAGCUUUUCCACAGACUACCCAUUUAAACCUCCAAAGUUGGUGUUCAAGACCCGCAUCUAUCACUGCAACAUCAACAGCCAGGGACAUAUCUGUCUGGAUGUCCUGAAGGACCAGUGGAGCCCCGCCCUCACCAUCUCCAAGGUCCUCCUGUCAGUGACCAGUCUACUGGCCGACUGUAACCCCCACGACCCCCUGGUGGGCUCCAUAGCCCAGCAGUACCUGUCCAACCGGGAGGAGCAUGACAAGAUGGCGCGCCAGUGGACCAAGAGAUUUGCUAUGUGAUAAGGUCGUCCUAGGAUUGUGAUAAUUUAAGUGUAUUGUAUGGAUGCUGUUUGGUUGGACGAUAGAGUACCAGUGCUGGUAAUGUGACCUGCCAUAAUUAAUGUAUACUCGCCAUUUUUUAACUGAGGAGGAAAGAGUUUGUUAUGUGUGUAUGAAAUUUAUAUUAAUUCCACAUAGGUUGUAACUGUACUUAAUAUUACUAGUGUACAUUAUGAUGCAAGUUGUUACUUAAUAGUGUUUCAUUAAGUUUCAAGGGGUGGGAAACUUUGAAUUAAAUGAUAUUUUAUAAUUUAAAGACAAGGAAAACUUAAUUGUAUGUUGAAAUGUUUGAUCUAUUGACAAAAUGCAUGUUAUUAAUACUAGAUACUGUAUGGGCUUACUCAUGUGAAAAAUAACUACAUGUUUUUGUGAGUGUAUCAUGUAUGCUUAUAAAAUUACAGAGAACUUUAAGUGAUCUUUAAUUGAGAUGUUUUUUUUUCAAGUUGAGUAUUUAAAGAGAGAGAGAGAGAGAGAGAGAGAGAGAGAGAGAGAGAGAGAGAGAGAGAGAGAGAGAGAGAGAGAGAGAGAGAGAGAGACUAUAUGUACCUUGUGUGUACCUAAUGUAUAUGUUUCAUAAUUUUUUAUAAUGUAAAAAUUUUCAUAAGUAUUGUAAAUUCCUUAUAGUACAUGAGUACUUAAUUCUGCAUUUCAGCUGCUUUGCAUCAUACAGCCAGAACAUAAAAUCAUCAACCUCAAAUUUUUAUCAAAGGUUAAUUCAUUUAGUUUACAUCUAUCUGAAAAAUAAAAGCAAGAUUUUAAAAUCCACGAAAUGUGCUUCUCAUGGUUGCUGCUUUUUGGCAGAUGUUGAUUCCUCACAUUUAAUUAGGAAACUAAAGUAUCAUUUAAUGAUUACAUAUGUAUGAAGCAAUCAUAUGACCCAUUUCUGUUUAAGAGCACGGACAUAAAAUGAUGUGAUUUACGUAAUUAAUACACUUGUGUGAUUGGAGCUGUUGGUGCCGUUGUCAGUACUAGGAAGUGAUUGCUGUUGAGGGAGAGAAAGAAAAAGAGAAAGAGAAAGACACUAGAAAUUGUUUUGCAGAGUAUUGAAAGAAUUAGUUGUAGGAAUUGGAUUUCAUGUUAAUGAUUACUAUGUUGUAGUUUCUGUAAUGAUAUGAAUAUUAAAAUGAAUAAAAUAAAA